CCAAUUGGAACGUGUGAUGUUGCCACGCAACGGUCCCGCACAAGUUUGAAUACGUCCAUCGUCCGCGUUCAACCAGGUUGGACCUGCAACAAUCGCUUCCCAAGGAAACGUUCCCGGUCUCCGACGGCUCAUCGACAACGCUCACGCCCGCCCAAUGAAGUGCACAGGAGGCAAGACUCAGAGUUCGCGCGCGGCGCGCGAUAUUCGUCUUCGAACGUCUAGCUAUGUAUGGCCGAAUUCCUCGGGUGCAUGAAUACAUGAUCAAU